GCCCACGUGCUGGGGGCCGGGCAGGAGGUGUGGGGACGGGUGUGCACACCGUCUAUAUAUACCACCGAGGCACCGGCGCCGGAGGAGGCACAGAGCAGAGGAGCCAGCAGCUGACAGCACACUGCAGCCCCGCCGUUGUCACCAUGAGGGCCGUGCUCUGGGACCUGCUACUUCUCUGCCUCUUUGCCCGGGCACGGAGUGACUGCCGGGGGGACUGCCUGCGCUGCGACCGCCACUUCUACCACGAUGGCUUCGACCUUCUUGUCUGCAUCCUGGAGUGCGAAGGUGAAGCCGUGCCACGGGCCACCUGGGAGAUGUGUGCCACCAGCAUCCGGUCUGCACCGCGUCCAGGUGCCACCGGUGUCCUCGGUGCCAUGGAGCCAGCCGAGGCGGUGGCCAGCCCGCUGCAGGUAAGCGAGCUGCUGCGGCGCCGGGACGCCGAAGAUGGAGGUGCUGGGAUGGCGCCGGGCGCUUUCCCAUCGCAGGACGAGGACAUUUCCCGGCGGCUCGGUGGCGGCUUCCCACGGGAGACACGUGGCUCGUGGCCAGCGGCCCGUGGGGUGCAGAAGCGAUACGGGGGUUUCAUCGGGGUGCGCAAGUCGGCGCGGAAGUGGAACAACCAGAAGAGGUUUAGCGAGUUCCUGAAGCAGUACCUGGGCAUGUCACCCCGCUCCAGUGAGUACGACAUGGCCGGCGACCUCAGCGAGCACAACGAGAUCUAGUCGGCCCCGCGGCACUGCGCCACGGACACGCGCGCCAUGGCCAAAAAUGUCAAUCCAUUGCCCCAACCCCAAAACCUCCAUUAGGAAGGGUUUCUCCAGGAAGCGAUGGCUGCUUGUUUUUUGUUUUUGGUUUUGUUUUCCAUUGUAGUCUCAAAAUACCAUAAUUUUACCCCUCAGCCCCCAUCCGUCCUUUACCCCUUCUGCUUUUUCAGUUGGCACAUUUUGCCCAAGAAAUGCCAAUUUUGCCCCACUGAGUGGCGAUGCUGGUUCUUGGGAUGCUCCAGUGCUGUGUUUUCCAUUCCCAAUGGGUGCACAUCAAAAACAGAAGGCAAAAAAAUAAUGGCUUGGAAACACCAAGCCCCAAGCCUAGGCUGUGAGUCACUACCUCAGUGACACCCCAGAAAUAUCCCUUUGCCAUAGGUUACAUUACAAUGUUAGGCAAAAGGGUUUCGUCCCUAACACCAUAAAAGCAUGCAGGAUGUUUUGGCCCCCUCCUCCUAUUAAAAAAAGCCACAAAACAUCAGAAAGAAAAGGUCAAAUAAAACCAAACCUGUUGCUUCUAUAAAUGAGAUGAAUCUUCCCCAAAAGCAUCACAUUGGCAGAGCCCAGUGGUGAGCGGGGAGCAUCCCCUCGGCCCCAGGAAACAGUGCCGGGAUGCUCCGAGCCCCCAACCCCAAACUUUUAUACCCCUCCCUCCCUUUUUUUUUUCUCUUUUUACUUUUUUUUUUUUCCUAUUUUUUGUUUAUUUGGUUGGUUGGUUGGCUUUUAUUUUUGCUGCAAAGCAUCUCCCUAAACCAGGGGAUUCCUCCGCAGCACUGCAGCUCCCCAGGGCAGAGCAUCCCGGGGCAGAGCAUCCCGGAGCACAGCAUCUUGGAGCAGAGCAUCCCGGGACUGAGCAACCCGGCCCCCUCUCUUGCACUGCUCUCAGCUGCAAUUAUUAUUAUUCUUUUUUUUUCUUUUUUUUAAAAAAUUAUUAUUAUUAUUUUAUUAUUGUUAUUUUUAUUUUUUCUGUUUUGUUUUUUGUUUUUCUUAUUGUUUUUGUAGCGUUCCGGCACCGCAUCCCAGCACCUUCCGCCAGGCACAGGCAAAAUUAAACCCUGCUCCUGUCCACCCAAGCAGCCUCCAACCUCUCUCUGACGGACCCCAAAGCGCUUCAGACUCUCAUGCGUCCUGAAAUCAUUUUUCUCCCUUCUCAAGAGCAGCCAACCGGGUGCAAUUUAAGCCAGGAUGGGAAAGGAUGAGGCCAUCACCGGAGUGAGGAGUCGUGGGGUGGGGAAUGGGGCAGAGGACUGCGGGGAUUAGGGGGGGGGAGAAAAAAAAACAACAAAAAAAAGGGAUUUUGGUAAAGUUUGCGCCCUGCUUGGCCAUUGGGAACGUCCAACGUGGGAAAAAGGUGAUUGAAAACAUUUUGUUUUAUUCCCCCUCCCAAGUGGCUUUUGGGCAUCCCCUCCCAGCAUUGUGUGCCCCCUCGGGGCUCCCCCCAGGAUUUUACCCCCAGCAUUUGGGGUUUGGUUCCCAAAAAGGGACCAGAGCAUGACCCAGCACCCAGAGCUGGGCAGAAAGCACCUGGAAAUGGUGUUGGUGUUGGGUUUUGUUUCUUUUCAUUUAAAACAUAUAUAUAUAUAUAUAUAUAUAUAUAUAUCAUUAUCAUUAUUUUUUUUGGUAAUUACUAUUUUUUGAGUGCUUUCCCUGAGGUUUUCUAUGGACUCCGGGGUUGACUUCUUUGCUCAGCAUCGCAGCGUGUGUUUCUGUCGCGUCCCCUCGGCAUGUAUCGUGUCCCUGCUGCCGUCCUACUGCCGGAGCCCGGGUCUCACCCUUUGUACAAAACAAUAAUGGUAAUAAUGAUAACAAUAAAUACCCCUGCAAAAAGAAAACAACCAAACCAAACCAAAAACCCGUUCAACAAAACACAGCAAAAAAACCCCACCAUCACCGCCAACAAAACUCAACCCUCUCCCUGUUCUUUUUAAUUGUUUCAUAUGAAGGUUUCUCCAUUAAACUUGUACAUAGCAAAAGGAUUAAUAAAUUAGUUUACUGUUUCUACGAUA